AUGAGGAUUGCUGUUGGUGCUGCUCGGGGCCUUGAAUACCUACACUGCAAAGCAGAUCCACCUGUUAUAUAUCGUGACCUAAAAUCUGCAAAUAUUAUGGUAGAUAAUGAUUUCAAUCCAAAACUAUCAGAUUGGGACCGGUUGGUGAAAAGUGAAAACACACAUAUUUCAACCAGUGUUAUGGGAACAUAUGGAUAUUGUGCCCCAGAAUAUGCCAUGAACGGAAAAUUGACUCUUCAAUCUGAUAUUUACAGCUUUGAAGUUGUGAUGUUGGAGAUAAUCACCGGCAAAAAGGCUAGCCAAUUUCUGAAAGACCAGAAGAAGUUUUUUCAAUUGGUUGAUCCUCUGUUGCAAGGAUGCUACCCACGCCAUUGUUUGAACUAUGCAAUUGCUAUUACUGCACGUGUCUUCACGAGUAAUGUCUUGGAGUACAACACUUCAAAAGCCGUCAGGCAGAAGCUUUCGGUAAACCCUCUGAUUACUGGAUUUCGAUCUCAGAUACUUGGAUAUAAAGUUAUUUCUAUAAGCUUCACUUUUUGUAUAAGAAUGAUGAAGAAGAAAAUUUCCAAUAUCGAUUGCGAGUCUAAGCUUUCUUCUGCUACAUUUGAAAUUAUUCCUCAAUUUGCUGUUUCUUGCAAUUUGACAGUAUCUUAUUACUCAGAAGUAUUAGGAGAUUGGAAAACAUAA